UCAAAAGUUAUGAAUGGGUGAUAAAGUAUACUAUUACCAUCAUAAAACCAUCAUUUUCACACCUUCCAUUCAAUUCAACAAGACCUAAUUGUUGCGUAUUUGACCGGUCGAAGCAAGAAGGAAAGUUCUGUUUCUUGGUUUUGUUAAAAAUUUCAGAUUAUUUAAAUCGCCAUUCGUGGUCUCGUAGAACAAGUAUUAUAUCAUAUUGCCUCUAAACAAAUCCGUGAGAAUUGAGAGAGAGUAACUAUUUUAAAGAAUUCCCAAAGAAGCUUCAAACUUCAAAGACUCAAAAAGGAAAGUAACCAAGAACAAGUCAAUGGAGAUGGACUCAUCUAGUAUGAUCAAACUGGAGACUCUAUCCACCGUGAGUUCCUCACCAUCGGAGAAAAUCCAUCUCCGUCCAAUGACGCUUUCCGACGUUGACGAUUUCAUGGUCUGGGCCACUGACUCAGACGUCGCACGCUUUUGCACGUGGGAGCCUUACACUAGCCGAGAAGCCGCAAUCGCGUUCUUAAACGACGUCGCUUUGCCACACCCUUGGCUCAGAGCUAUAUGCUUAGAUAACGACCGUCCUAUCGGCUCGAUCUCCGUCACGCCAGUUGAUAAGAUCAGAGGAGAAAUUGGUUAUGUCCUCGGAAGCAAGUACUGGGGGAAAGGGAUAGCGACGGAGGCGGUGAGGCUUGUGGCUGCGGAGAUAUUCAAGGAGAAACCGGAGAUGGAGAGGCUUGAGGCACUUGUUGACGUUGACAACGUCGGAUCUCAAAGGGUUCUUGAAAAAGUUGGGUUUGUGAGAGAAGGUGUUAUGAGGAAAUUUAUGUAUCUAAAAGGAAAUGUUAGAGAUAUGGUCAUGUUUAGUUUCUUGCCUUCUGAUUCGUUGCACUGAUCUGAUUUGAAUCAACAAAUAUCAACAUAGAUAAAGUAAAGUUUGUUUGAUAUCGAAAUUUGUAUUUUGCUUAGCUUGUAAAAUCACAUGUAUAAAAUGGAGUGAUGCUCUAUUUUUGUUCUUCUUCUUAUAUAUGCUGUUGUAACCUUAAUAUUAAAUACUUCAUACCAAAGUGAUUUUUAUAA